AAAAAAGUCAAAUGUAAACAUGAAGUGUUGAAACUCGUGUUGUUAAAAAUCACUCAUAGAUUGUGAGUAUGACAUAGUGUUGUAGACGGCUAGAAAAUGAAGAAUUCGCCACGCAUAGAAGUUGAUGGCGAGGAAAUUGAGUUGUAUGAUGGAUCUUUUGAGUCAGAGCUUCGUCAUAGCAAACGGCGUUUCUACUUAAGUCGUCUGGAUAAAACAGAUGUGAAUGAAAGGGAGAUCUACAAGAAUGUGAUUGCCACAGAGCUUACAAGGGAGGCAAGCCUAGAGAGCAUCACAUCUGCGGGUGCCAGGCCAAGUUCUGCGCCGGUGAAGUAUUUUGAACAUGACACAAUACGUGGGAAGCUACGACGGAUCCUCAUCAGGAACUCCACGGCACGUCUGGCAUCGGCAGUGUUUGUCCUCGUAGCUAAGAGUCUCGUAUGUGUCCUGUAUGUGGUGAGAGUCAUCCUGGACGAUGUCACUAAAUAUGAAUGUGACGGUCAUCCUCAGCCCUGCAUGAAUGGCAACGAAACAGAGAUCAGCGAGAAGGGAGACGUGAACUGGUACGUGUUGCUAUGGGUGGAGAGACCUUUGUGGCUGUGGGUCAUACAGGUCGUGCUAGCCUUUGUCACAUUCUUCAAGGCCUUGCUGAAAAUAUAUAUUGCCAAGGGGCGGCGCCUGGACCAUUUCCUGCAGGGUCAUUUCUUCCUGGAAGUGUUCAGCUCCAUCCCAUACAUUGUUACGCUGGCAUAUCCCCCCAUGUUAAAAAAUCUCUAUGUCCCUUCGUUCCUUAGUUGCUGGCUAGCAAAAAAGGCACUGGAUAGACUGCUGAAUGAUCUUCAUCGGACCAGGCAGCGUUUCCAGACCAUCUCCGUGACUUUGUCCCAGCAGUGCCUGGUGCUCAUAGCAACCAUGUGCUGUAUGGUAUUCACCACUAUCUGUGGUGUUGAGCACAUCCAGAGGGCAAGUUCCUCCAACCGCCUUAAGUUCUUUGAUGCUCUGUACUAUGUGAUCGUGACGUUCUCCACAGUCGGGUAUGGAGAUAUCUCGCCCGACAUCUGGCCUUCCCGCUUGUUCAUGAUUGUGAUGAUUUGUGUGGCGUUUGCUUUAAUUCCCAUGCAGAUUCAGACUAUAGGCUCUACCAUUGUGGAGCGUAUGAAGAUGGGCAGUGAGUACUCAGAGCGUCGAGCCUCAGGCAACAAGCACGUCGUGGUUGUGUCUCGCACCCUGCAGACCGAAACCGUCAUGGACUUCCUGUUGGAGUUCUACGCUCAUCCAAAACUCGAGGAGAAUGUGGUUGUACUCAUGGCUGCUGAUGCUAUGGACAUCAACAUGCAGGUGAUCUUGAAGGAUCCGAAGUGGUCCCAGCGUGUUGUCUACAUGAGAGGAUCAGUGCUCCGAGACACGGAUCUCAAACGCUGCCGCAUUGCCCAGGCUGAAGCGUGCUUUAUACUGGCCCCGAGAUACCUGGAAAACAGAACUAUUGCUGACCAGCACACCAUUCUGCGAUCCUGGGCUGUGAAGGACUUUGCCCCAAAAUGCAAGCAGUACAUUCAGCUGUUCAAGCCAGAAAACAAGAUCCACGUGAAGUUUGCUGAGCAUGUUGUUUGUGAAGAUGAAUUUAAGUACGCCUUGCUGGCCAACAACUGUCUCUACCCUGGGUUGUCUACCCUCGUCUCACUGCUGGUGCACACCUCUGGAGGGCUAUAUGGCAAAGGUUCUGUUGAAGGAACUAUACGAAGAGAUUUUGCUGGAAAAACCCAUACCAGCGAGGCGGACAUGGCCACAGAUCAAUGGCAGCAGACUUACGGGCGUCACUCAGGCAACGAGAUCUAUCACAUACAGCUUGGUCGCAGCAUGUUCUUCUCCCCCUACGAGGGCAAAUCUUUCACCGAGGCCUCCGCUGAUGCACAUCAGAGGUUUGGUAUCUCGCUGGUGGCAGUGUUGGACAGCACUGUUGAUGACCCCCACCUACAACUCAACCCCGGCCCCAGCCAUAUCCUCAAGGCCUCGGAUUUCUGUUUCUACAUGAGCAUAACCAAGGAGGAAUACUCCAAGAUACAGCCUGACGCGUUGAAACAUGAUGAGUCCAAGACAGCUGUACGGACAAAAAAUAUGGAGCGUAUGGCGGCUGAGCUACAGCGGAUGUUGGACUCUGAAGAUGAGGAGGAGGAUUACGGGGAGGAGGAGAGUGUCUUCAACACCAUCACACUGCAGCAGGGUUCCAGGACCAUUAAUGGAGUCUUGUACUGA